CCAGUCGGGACACGCAUACAGCAUUCCAAUUUCCAAUCAAACAAAAAACUGAAGGCUCACAUUCUAUAUAACCCAAUAGCCUGACACUACUAUACGGACACAACGCACCAGAUUCAAACCACAACGUGAACGCCUACGCUAUACGCAUCUGCAUACACAUUUUCGGCUUUUCUCCUUGUCUGCACGUACGCUCUGAUCCGAAAGCAAGUUCUGCCAAUGGCUGGAGGCGGCGGCGAGCUGAAGCUGCUGGGCCUAUGGACCAGCCCGUUCGUGAUCAGGGCACGCCUCGCGCUCAACCUCAAGGGCCUGAGCUACGAGUACGUCGAGGAGGACGUCAAGAACAAGAGCCAGCUCCUCCUCGCGUCCAAUCCCGUUCACAAGAAGGUGCCCGUGCUCAUCCACGACGGGAAGCCCGUCUGCGAAUCACAGGUCAUCGUGCACUACAUCGAUGAAGUCUUCGGCGCCACCGCCGCCGCCGGACCUUCGCUUCUCCCCGCCGACCCCUACGAGCGUGCCACCGCCCGCUUCUGGGCCGCGUACGUGGAUGACAAGGUCGGGUCUGCAUGGCGGACUAUGCUGUUCGCCGGUGAGACAGACGAGAAGAUGGACGGCGCGGCGCAGGCGAUCGCGGCGCUGGAGACGCUGGAAAGCGCGUUCCAGGACUGCUCCAAGGGGAAGGGCUACUUCGGCGGAGACACCGCCGGGUACAUGGACGUCGUGCUCGGCGGCUACCUGGGGUGGUUCGAUGUGUUGGAGAAGAUGAUCGGCGUCAGAGUCCUGGAUGCGGCGAGGACGCCGCUCCUGGCCGCGUGGGCGGAGCGGUUCCGCGCGGGCGACGCGGCCGAGGGCAUCCUGCUGCAGGAUGUGGAUAAGGUCCUCGAGUUCUUGAAGGCGUUCUUCGCUUAAGGGCAUUCAUUCACCAUAUGCUCCAUCGUGGUCGGGGUUGAACACCCACCAUAUGUUUAUUUGUUCUUUUUUCAUUCAUUCAGUUGGGCUUUUAGUGGGCCAUCAUCAUGUUUCAAUUUAUCUCCAAGGAAUCACGAUAUAGAAUAAAAGACCUAUAUAUUUGUUCUUGUCAUUUACUUUGUAACUUCGUAACUAGUAGCGGUCAACAGGAUGCUUUGAUUGGCUGCU